UAGAUGGUCAGUUUCCCGGGCGAUUUCAGCUACGCCGCAGCAGGCCUGAUCUUCCUGGAGUACACGGCCAGUGCUCAGUGGCCCGCUGAGCUGCUCGUCAUCACAUACGGGGGUGGGCUCAAGAGCUACCUCGUCAGUGUGGGGACCAAUCAGAGCUUCCAAGAGAACCACAGCUUCAGUUUCCACGCCCACUACUCUCACGGCAUCACCACGGCGAUAUACCACCCUGGACACCG